GUCCCUCCAUCCCGACUCGGGGGAGGCAGACCUUGCCCCAGUUUUUGGGGGUGAGGUGCUGAGCGAGUGGUGGAGGGGGCUGCGAGGAUCAUGCCGGGGGGGCUGCGCCUCGGCAUCGCUUUCUCCUCGCCCUCCAUGGAGCCUGGACUUUUUUUACGAUGACUUUCCCUGAGCUGAGCAAUGGCAGCUUGAGUGGGAACAGGACGGGACAGGGCAGCCAGAGCGGUGCCAACCGAUCCUGGGGGCUGCAAGGUGAGGAGUCCCCCGAAGGCAACGGCACCACGCUGACAUUCGCCUUGGACGUGCAGGCGGUGGGCGUCGGGGUUUUCUUGGCUAUCUUCAUCCUCUCGGCCAUCGUGGGCAACAUCCUCGUCAUCCUGUCUGUGGCUUGCAACCGGCACCUGCAGACGGUAACCAACUACUUCAUUGUCAACCUGGCCAUCGCCGACCUGCUGCUCAGCACCACCGUGCUGCCCUUCUCGGCCACCUUGGAGGUGUUGGGUUUUUGGGUGUUUGGCCGUAUCUUCUGCAACAUCUGGGCAGCGGUGGACGUGCUGUGCUGCUCCGCCUCCAUCAUGAGCUUGUGCAUCAUCUCCGUGGACAGGUAUAUCGGUGUCAAGUAUUCCCUCAAGUAUCCCACCAUCAUGACAGAGAGGAAGGCUGGGGUCAUCCUGGUGGUGGUCUGGCUCUCCUCCAUGGUCAUCUCCAUUGGGCCGCUGCUGGGGUGGAAGGAGCCGCCGCCACCAGAUGAGAGCAUCUGUAGCAUCACCGAGGAGCCAGGCUAUGCCCUGUUCUCUUCCCUUUUCUCCUUCUACCUGCCCCUCAUGGUCAUCCUGGUGAUGUACUUCAGGAUCUACGUGGUGGCCAGGAGGACAACCCGGAGCUUGGAGGCGGGGGUCAAGAAGGAAAGGAAUAAAUCCAUGGAGGUGGUGCUGCGCAUCCACUGCCGCAGCGUGCUGGAGGAACCUCUCUCCAGCACCCGAAGCAAGGGGCACAACUUCAGGAGCUCCCUCUCUGUGCGGCUCCUCAAGUUCUCCCGGGAGAAAAAAGCAGCCAAGACUCUUGCCAUCGUUGUGGGUGUUUUCAUCCUCUGUUGGUUCCCCUUCUUCUUCGUCCUGCCUUUUGGUUCUUUCUUCCCAUCUCUGAAGCCCUCAGAAAUGGUCUUCAAGGUCAUCUUCUGGCUGGGAUACUUCAACAGCUGCGUGAACCCCAUCAUCUAUCCCUGCUCCAGCAAGGAGUUCAAGAGAGCAUUCAUCAGGCUGCUCAAGUGCCAAUGUCACCGCAGAAGACGGCCCAUCUGGCGUGUCUACGACCACCACUGGCGAGGGGCCUCAAUGAACAGCUCUGUGCAGGACUCGGAGACAGACCUGAGGCCCAGGAUUAGCACCCUGAACAGCUCCUUCAUAUUUAACUCCUCCUUGCAGGAGAGAGCGAGCAAGAGGCGAACACUCAGCUUCAAGGGCUGGAAAAUGCUCACUCCUUUCCAGAAACCAGCAUCCACCCAGCUGAAAGAGAAGAUGAACAGCCUUUCUAACAAAAUCCGGGGAGGGUCCAGCAAAGGAGGGGUGACAGCCACCUACAAGACAGAGGUGGAGUCUGUCUCUAUUGGUAUCCCUCAUGACUUUAUGGAAACCAUCGACUAUCAAACCUAUGAUUUAACAGACUGCUGUGGGUUGAGAGAAACGGAUAUUUGAAGCCACUGGGACAGGUGUCGAUGGUUUCUUUAGUGGUAUCUUGCAGAAAAACAAAGGGGUACCAUCUGUGGGUCUGUCAGGCAGACUGGAAGCAGCAAUCAGGUAUAAAAUGCAGUUGCCCAAAGGUUUUAGAAGUAUCCUCCAUGGAGACAUCAAUUCCUUCUAUGGGAUUAUGCGUUCCUCAAAUAAGAACCAGUGGAAUAUCCCAUUGUAAUGAGCUGUGGCAAGAGGGGGAAGUGUGGGGUGCUUAUGGCCUUCAGAAAAAGUCUGUCUCCUCCAAUGAGAUGGUUAUCUUGUACUUUGGAGGAAGCUGUCCAAUUAAGGGAAAACAAGAUGUCUUCUUUGCCUUAAAAACACCACUACUGGAAGGACUGAACCCCAAAAGGUGCCAACUCUGCCUUAGUACACAUGAUAACAUUUCCAUCCAGAGGUGGCAUCCAGAAUAGAUGCUGUGAGCAGGAGCUGGCAGCUGAUCCUUUAGACAACAUGUUGGGAGCUUGCAAGGCUGUGGGGCUCAAUAGGAUCUCUGGCCCAAGCCUUUGCCUGGGUGAGCAAACAGCAGUAAUUCCCAAGCAGGGCAGGGGGAUCUUGUCCCUCAGCCAUCAUGUCUGCAGUGCCCAGAGCUUUGCCACCACCACAUCAUUUGGUUUUAGGACAGAGGAACAGUCCAGAUGUACACACUGAUCCAAUGGGUGUGCAGGUCUUUCUUCUCUAAUUCCUAUCUGUGACACAUUUCUCAUUCCAGUUUCCAGUGAAAAAAUGUGCAGCCCACUAUGUUCCAGCAAGCAUCCUGCUGUGACACAGAGAAAACAACUCCUUUUGAUGUUGGCCAUCCCCACUCUUUUUCU